AUGACACCAACACGAACCGAAAACCUCGCCAGAUGGUGCACGACACUCACAUACGACGACCUCCCAGAAGCAGCCAUCCAACGCACCAAAUCCCUCUUCGUCGACUGGAUCGGCUGCGCCAUCGCCGGCCGCCACCACCCCGCCAUAGCAGCGAUAGCAGCCUUCAGCAAACAGAUGGGCCCCGCGUCUGGCAAGAGCGAGAUUGUAGAUGCCAGCGGGGGGACAAGCAGUGCUGCGUUUGCGGCGCUUGUGAAUGGCGCGGCGUCGCAUGUUGUUGAGCAGGAUGAUUUGCAUAAUUGUAGUAUUGUGCAUCCGGCAACGGUUGUGUUCCCCACGGCGCUGGCUGUAGCGCAGGAGAAGGGAGCGACUGGGAAGGAGUUCAUCACUGCUUGUGUGGUUGGGUAUGAGGUUGCUUGUCGGACGGGGGAGUAUCUUGGGAAGACGCAUUACCAGAACUUCCACUCAACAGCAACAGCAGGAACCCUCGGCGCCGCCGCAGCAGCAGCAAAGCUCCUCAACCUCGACACCGACAAGACGCUCUCAGCACUAGGCACAGCCGGAACGCAAGCCGCCGGACUAUGGCAGUUCCUACUCGACGCGACACACUCAAAGCAAGUGCACACCGGCAAGGCCUGCUUCGACGGGAUCUUCGCGGCGUACACAGCGCAGGCGGACCUGCUCGGCCCGCGCGACGUUCUCGAGGGAAAGCGGGGGAUGGGAGCCUCGCUCGUCCCAUCAGGAGCGACUAUCCCAACAGCAAUCGACGCCCUACUGGGGCAGAAAUACUCCGUGCUAGAGUCGAGCUUCAAGUGGCACGCAUCUUGCCGACACACGCAUCCCAGCGUAGACGCGCUGCUGAAGAUCGUCGAGACGCAUGAUGUGAAGAUCGGCGAUAUCGAGAGCGUCGUGGCGCGCAUGUACCAGGCUGGGAUUAAUGUGCUGUCGAUGAGCGAGCAGGCUGAGACGGUGCAUCAGAGCAAGUUCUCGAUGGGGUUUGUGCUGGGCGUUGCGGCGAAGUAUCGGCGGGCGUCGAUCAAUGAUUUCACGGAGGAGGCGCUGCGGGAUGGGGUGAUUCGGGAGUUUCAGACGAGGGUGCAGAUGGUGCUGGAUGAGCGGAUUGAUGGGAGGUUUCCGGAGGAGUGGACGGGGUGUGUUACUGUUACGACGAAGGGUGGGGAUUCCUAUACGGAGGAGGUGGAUGUGGUUAAGGGGGAUCCGGGGGAUACGUUGUCUUGGUCGGAAUUGGAGUCGAAGGUGGCUACGCUCGCGCAUUAUGCUGGUCUAACAGAUCUGGCGCCGGUCAAGGCCAUCAUGAAGCGCGUUGCUGGUCUCGAGAGUGAAAGCAAUGUGCUGGGGUUCCAAUUCUAA